CUCCAGUCGCGUCGGAGCGCAGGCUCCUGGCACUUUGCGGAGCUUUCAUCUCAGCGCAGCCGAGAAGAUGAACGGAUCCAUGUCUGGGUUUCUUCAGCGGCGGGUCCUACUCCACCUCCUCCGAGCAGCCUCCUUCUGAAUUUUCCUUUUUACUUUUGGUCUGAUGUUUCUCCUCCGAGCAUCAUCUGGGAGAGGAUGCUUCUGCUCGUUUUUGUGACUUUAUUUGGAGUCUUGCUCGACACAGGGGAUGCCCUUCAGAUCCAGUGUUACCAGUGUGAGGAGAUGAAUCAAAAUGAUUGCUCCACGCCGGAGUAUAUCGUCAACUGCACGGUCAACGUACAGGACAUGUGCCAGAAGGAAGUCCUGGUCAAACCUGACGGGAUACAUUAUCGGAAGUCCUGCGCGUCCUCUGGGGCCUGCCUCAUUGCCUCCUCUGGCUACCAGCAGUUCUGCACAGGCAAGCUAAACUCAGUCUGCAUCACCUGCUGCAGCACCCCGCUCUGCAACGGCCCCAAGAGGAAGCGUCCUGUACCCUCAGCGGCAACAUGGAACCGGCCUCCUCUUCUUUUCCUGGUGGCGCUGAAGCUCCUUCUGCUGGUGUAGAUGUUCCAACCACAAACCCCAGUCCAUCCUGGAGCUCGGAGCUGUGAUCACACCUGUGAGGAAUGGGCGGAUUUAAACACCAUGUCAGAAAAAACUGUUCAUCAAACUGACACAACUGCACAGCUAGUUAGAAGGAAGCUGGAAGCAUACAGACCUGUCUGAACCAUUUUCUGCUCUUUUUAUGCUGAAGCAUCUUAUUUCUUUACAUUUUUGUGGCGUGUUUUGGGGGUAACCUGCUCUGAAGUUCAUUGUCAUGCUGUAAAAGGUGCUGGUAGAAGUUCCGCUAUUUUAAAGCUUUCAUUUGUGGUCUUUUAAUAGAUUUUUGGUCUGAAACAGCACUGAUGGUUUUAUUUCUUGUUCAAUGUGAAGCUUUCUUUUCUUAUUUUAAUUACAGGCAUUUUAAAGCAAAGCUCUUUGUAAGUUAAAUUGGCAUCACUUGGAUUUAAGCAAAAUAUUGGGUUGCUUACAACACAUUAUUCCAUUACUUUUAUGAUUAUUAUCCACUGCCAUAAUGUAUUAGUUGACAUUUUACAGGGAAUAUAAAAGAUGCUGAAAUAGUUUAAGAAGGCCCAUUUCAUUUAUUGCUUAUUCAUCCUUGUACAUAAAAACCAAGCCAGUUCUGUUAUAUGAAAAGCUUAUUAUUGUCAUUACAUUCUUAUGUUACUUAUAUUUCCUUUGUGAAAUGAGAAACUAAGCAGUCUCAGAGCUAAAUAGCAGUAAUUGAUAAUAAUUAUAUUACAUAGCAGGGUAUAAGAACAAGCUAGAAACAAAGAUAAAGUUGCACUAGAAAGCUUCAUCAAGAGAUCAGACAUGUUUCCCUUUAAGUUAAAUUGCUGAUAAGAGAAUUAAACAUUCUAAAUCACAGCUAAACCUGCGUGUAGCUCCUCCUUCUGUCCAAAUACACUGUUUGGACAUAAAAAUCUGAGUUCAACGUGAUUUUGCAAUGUUCAGAAGAACAUUUUGGGAUUCAUUUGCACCCUAAGGUUUGAUUUCAUUGCUUUUCAUUUGAUUUAUUUUCAGUGUUGAAUGUAUAAUCUUGUAAAUAUUUUGUGCAAAGCAAUGCAGAUGUUCAUGCGCUGUAUUUUAACCCUGCGCGGGAACAGUUUAGAGCAAAGCAAAAAACAAGACGGUUUUCAGAUGCAGAUGGACUGUCCGAUCAACGUUAAUGGCAAUUUAAUUGUUUUGUUUGUUUUGUUUUAAUGGUCUUCUGUGAAGAGUAAUGCUGUAUUCUGCUGAUAUGUAAUGUAAAUAAAUGUUACAUAAAAACUGA